AAGCCAUAUACAGUAGAUCAAGCGUCAGGGCUUUAAAUAGAAACCAAGUUUUGGGGAAAUUCCGAUACGAGUUGUAAACACAGCGAUCGCAGACCGGGAUGAGGAAACUCACUUGUCGAAGAUGGAGCUUUCAGAAGAGGAUCGCUUGGCCAACUGGGCAAAAGCCAGGGGAAUCUCAAGAGAAACUCUGGAGGUUCUGAAAGGUCAGGGCAUAAUGUCAGUACAGGACAUGCUGCUGCUCGACCUGCACCUGCUAGAAGAGAGUGAGAUACUAACCUGGGAACAGUGCCAGGUGUUGGGACGUGCUGUGGAUGAACUGCUGUACACUGAUGACGACAGCUCCAUGGCGAUGCACCCAACGGACACAGACCUUGACACCACGAGACCGCUCGCGGAGAAGACACACCUGUCAAUCUCAGGUGAUGAAGAAAUAGAUGAUCAGUGGGCCGAAACAUGGGAAAUAUCUCAAGAGACUCUGGCGGUGCUGCAUGCCCAGGGACUGACUGUCACUCGAGAGUUGAUGGAGCUGGACAUCUCUCUGCUGGCUCAGUCCGAUCUUGUACCACCAGGACAAUGUCUACGCAUCGAGCGGGCCAGAGAGCAGCUGCUGAGAACUUGUGAUUUGAUGAAAUCCCAGACAGAAUCAGACCUAAAAAACACAUCAUCCAGUCAGCUGGUUCCAGAGGAGGGGGAGCUCGCCAGGUGGGCGGAAGAUCAUGACAUCAGCCCAGAAACAGUGAUGCUGCUGCAGGACCAGGGCGUUAACACGCUAGAGGAGCUGCAGAGACUCGACCUCUGCAUCCUGCAGGAGUCUGACCUUUUGCCGGAGGAUCAAUAUGUUUUGUUUGCUCAGGCCAAGGAAGAACAGUUGUCUAAACUUGACGAAUCGUCUUUCUCAACUAGUUUUAGUUGUGACGACGACUCUGACAAUAUCGUAAAUUCUUCAAUUCCAGAUGAAAACGAGGGUGACAACUCCACAGAGAGCAUGAAGGAAGUCGACGUUGCUGUUCUGGAAACUCUCAAUGUUGAUCCAGCGUGUGAGUGUGAACAGUUAGUGGGAUCCAGCGAUGAUUUGAUGAGAACUGACGAGGAGACCUCUACUCUCACACUCCAAUAUGAAGACAUGAUACAGUGCACCACUCACCAAACAGCUGCAGACGGUCAGGAAAAUGUGAUUCGCUUCUUCCUGGUGGGCAAGACGGGCAGCGGUAAAAGCACGACUGGCAACACUAUUCUGGGACAGGAACGAUUUGUAAAUGAAGUUUGCUUCAGUUCUGUCACCAGCGAGUGCUCGUUUGAAUGGUGCGAGCGAGACGGUAAAGUUAUAGAGAUCACAGACUCACCUGGACUGUGUGACACGAAAAGGUUAGCUGAAGAUGUUGCAUCAGAUGUCGUCCAAGCUGUUGCUUGUAUGCAUCCGGGUCCCACCGCAAUUUUAUACAUCAUCGCCAUCGGCCGUUACACGGAGGAAGACCAGGGUGUCUACGAACGAGUCAAAAGUCUGUUGGACGACAGGGUCACUGACUAUAUCAUCAUCAUCUUCACUCGGGGCGACGAGCUGGUACGAAAAGGGAGGACAAUCCAGGACGUCCUCAACAAGGCCCCCGACAACCUCGUCACUGCUCUGGAGGAGUGCGGCCACCGCUACGUGGUGUUUGACAACAUGGCUGACGACAAACAGCCGCAGGUGGACCGUCUGCUGCAGGAGGUGUGCAAACUGAGUGAGGCUCACAGAGGCCUACCUUACACGUGCCCCAGAUACUGCUAUGUCGGCGAGAAGAUGGACAAGGAACUGGAGAGGAGACUGCAGAAGGUGGAGGAAGCAGAGGUGAAGAGGAAGAAGUAUGUGCAGGAGAUGGAAGAGAAGACGAAGCAAGCACAGGAGGAAGCGAAAAAAGAGAAAAAAGAAUUUGAAAGGAAAGAGAAAGAACGAGCAGACCUGGUGAAGAAAACAAAAGCGGAAAGUGAGAAAAAGAUGGCUGAUUUGAUGAAAAAAUUAGAAAAGCAGCAGGUCAGUGCUGAGAAACAGAGGCAGAAGGAGGCAGACUUGAUCCAGAAGAUGAAACGGGAGCAAGACGAGUUUCAGCGAAGAAUGGAACGAAGCAAGAGGGAAGACUUAGAUCGACUGCAGAAGAAGAACAUGGAGCUACAGAGACGCCUGGAGGAACAAGCGUCGUACAACAGGCGCCUAAAGGAGCAGGAGGAGGAGCUGAGGAGGUUAAAGCAAGAGGUUUCUCAACAGAAGUCGCCAUCUUUAUGCAGCGUCAUGUGAGAACAGAGUUUCAGCAGAAUGUCUGUGUUGCUAACAAUAAAUACUUCUGUCCAAACAAUGUUCUCUUCAUUUUAAAACGAGGCUGCUGGAUUUUCUUAUGUUUGUACAAACAAAAUUAUUAAUUUAUAAAUCUGUUCAGUCCAUUUUGACCACAUCAACGUUUAGCUUAGAAGAUAAGUAUAUUGGAACCAAAAUAAACCAUAAAAAUAACUAUUUGGUAUCAACUUCGUGCAGUUGAAAAUGCCACGUCACUCAUACAUCUUCUGGCAAGAAGGGAGAAAUGUGUACAUUGACCUGUGAUGGACUGGUCUUUGGCAUUUGAAGGCGCAUCCUCAUUGUAUGCUUCGUUACGUACUUACAUAUCGCAGAUUACUUACUGCACCAUCAUUUACUUAUGAAGUAGUCUGUAAUUUUCAGUUUUGCUUUUAACUAUGUGUUUCAAAUUUUCGGUCAAAUUGUGCUUUGUUUAAGAACUCGUUACUACACGACAGGCCUGUUAACUUGCAAAAUCAUCAUAUUGUGUUAUUAAUUAUUCAUGGUGCAUAUUUGCAUGCGCUUGUGUGUUUGCUUAAGAGCGUGAGUAUGCAUAAAGUUUGAAGACGUUU